AUGUUCCCAGUGAACCUCGGGCCUUCACCGACGGCCUGCAGCCCGCCCGAGCAGAGCACUCCUGGCCAGGCCCCGCCGCGAAGAAAUCCAGCACAUUCUUUAGACGGCGCGUCCAGAGGCACACAGAUAAAUCGAAACUGCCUGGGAUGCGCUUUCCGCUUGGCAAACCCAGCAGAAGCAGCACGCCGUGCCCGCGCCCACCCGGUGCACCCCAGCCCAGGCCACGCGCGCCCCCACCAGACCCUCCCCACUAAGCCACAGGCACCCCUGGUCCUGCGCGCACCAAGCAGCCUCCACCCAGGCCAAUCGCGCUCUGGGUUCUACGAUCCCCUCGAGCGCCCCCGCCCGCCCCGACCGCGCUCGCUCCCGCCAGCUCCCACCCAAGCCCCGCGCGCUGCAGCCUCGGCGCGUUCCCAGACCCUUUCCCCGGCCUCGCGCGCCCCCGCCCCCGCCCCGCGCGCCGCGCCCCGGUCCCCGCCCCGUCCGGCGUGCAGGGCUCUGGGUGUGGCCGCCGUCUCGUGUGGCGGAGCCUGCUCACGGUUCGCCUCCCGCAGCCGAACACCCAGCAGCAGCUCGGUGGUGGCGGCCCGGCUCCAGGUAGGUAGACUACCGUGUGGACGCGGGCUGCGCGUUGCGGGUCUCCGUGUAGACGCGGGCUCCUAG